AUGAGAGCUGUCGUGGUGGUGGUUAUGUUAAUAACCCCAUCCAUUUAUUGUUCGGAUCAAGUGGAGAAUAACUCCAAUAAAACCCUAGAAGUAUCAUUCCGUGAGGCCCGACGCAGCAAUCUGCCCGAGAGCUGUUUGACCACAGAUGAUGCCAGCGGCACGUGUAUGACCAGAUUUAGGUGCAUGAGUUCCGGUGGCACACCCAAAGGCUACUGCAGUGGUUCCUAUGGAGUUUGUUGUGAAACCAAUCUCCAAUGCAAUGCCAUUUCAACCAUGAAACGUACGAUAAUUAAAAAUCCCGCUCUGUUCACCCAAGACCCCUGUGAAUAUCACAUACAGGCCUACAGUCAAAAUGUCUGUCAACUUCUAAUCGAAUUUCAACGAUUUGAGUUGCAACCUCCGACCUUUAAUCCCGGUACACACACCUUGGAAUGUGGUGAUAGCCUCAUGAUCGGUGACUUUACCUUAUGUGGUGAUAACACCGGACAACAUCUCUACUUGCCCUUUAAUGUAGCCAAUGGUAUACAGGAAAUCACACUGACAUUUAAUUUACCCAAUCGUUGGUCUUUCAAUAAUUGGCGUAUGGUUAUAACACAAUUGGAAUGUCCCGCAGCCAAGAAACGUCACCAGCAGCAGCAGCCGCAACAACAAAGUUUUAUGCCAUUUGUAAAUGCAAAUAAUUUACCAAAUUUAAGAUCGAUAUUUUCUUCGCAUCAUAAUGGAGAUUUGGAGCUGUUGGCUCCACCUGGAUGUCAUCAAUAUUUCACACAGCCAAUGGGUACCAUAAAGUCUUUUAAUUUUAAAGAUGAUGCCAGCACCUAUUAUUUGCCGAACAUGAAUUAUGUCAUCUGUAUUAAGCCGACCAGUGGAGCAUCGAUGAUUGAAUAUCAAGCCACCAAAUUUUCCAUGUCCAAUGAAGUAGCCACCUCGGCUGGCUAUGACACGGAUUGUCACAGUACCAUACAAACGGAUGGCCGGAGAGAGGAUUAUCUUAUGAUACCACAAUCAUUUGUGGCAAAUAGUAUGAAUAUUUUGCCAACCUACUAUUGUGGUACAUCGUUGCAAACCCGACCCUCGCUAAUUGCCUCAGCACCGUUUAUCAUGUAUUUCAGUAGUGAUGGAUUUACCGAUGAAACUGAAACAGGAUUCAGUAUAAAUUAUCGUGUUCGUACGGCAUAUUAA